CGCCCAGGCGCUGCCAAGGGGCGGGCAGCCCGGGCAGUCCCGGCACGGUGCGGCUGCCGGCGGUGAAGCACCGGCGGAGCGGAGCGGCACCGGAGAGCGGCAGCUGUCAGCGUGGAGAAGGCAGAGCCAUGGCAUCGCUGCUGUGCAACGCCCGCAUCCAACUCACAGACACGCUGGAGCAGAUGCAGCAAGGGACCCUGAUGCGCAAAGUCAAGUCCAAGAGCUGGAAGAAGCAGCGUUUCUUCAAGCUGCAGGAUGACUGCAUGACCAUCUGGUACCAGUCCAAGAGGACAGGCAAAACUGAGUCUGCCUUCUCCAUCAGCGAUGUGGAGACGGUGCGGGAAGGGCACCAGUCGGAGGUGCUGCAGAGCCUGGCCGAGGAGUUCCCCCCUGAGCGCUGCUUCACCAUUGUCUUCUACGGCCGUCGCGGCAACCUGGACCUCAUCGCUGGCUCGGCUGAGGAGGCACAGUGCUGGGUCCAAGGCCUGCGUCAGCUCAUCGAGGUGGCCACCACCAUGGACCAAAGGGAGAAGAUAGACCAGUGGAUUCGUGACUGGUUCCAAAAAGCUGACAAGAAUAAGGAUGGGCGCAUGAACUUCAAGGAGGUACAGCAUCUCCUCAAGAUGAUGAACGUGGACAUGAAUGAGGAUCACGCCCUGCGCCUCUUCCAGGAUGCUGAUAAGUCAGAGUCCGGGACACUGGAAGGGGAGGAGUUUGUGCUCUUCUACAAGGCUCUCACGCAGCGUGAGGAGGUGCUGAGCCUCUUCCAGGAAUUCUCUGAGGAUGGAAAGAAGCUGACACUGCUGGAGCUGGUGGAUUUCCUGCGGCAGGAGCAGCUAGAGGACGAGGGCACAGAGGAGAUGGCCAUGGAGCUCAUUGACAAGUAUGAACCAUCGGAGACAGCCCGGGCUCUCCAUGUGCUAAGUGCUGAUGGGUUCCUCAUGUACCUCUGCUCUCCGGAGGGCUCCAUCUUCAACCCCCAGCACCGGGUGUUGUGGCAGGACAUGAACCAGCCACUCUGCCACUACUUCAUCUCCUCCUCCCACAACACCUACCUGAUAGAGGAUCAGCUGCGGGGCCAGAGCAGCAUUGAGGGCUACAUCAGGGCUCUGAAACGGGGCUGCCGGUGCCUGGAGGUGGAUUGCUGGGACGGGCCGAAUGGGGAGCCCAUGGUGUACCACGGCCACACCUUCACCUCCAAGAUCCCCUUCCGGGAGGUGGUGAGCACCCUGGGGAAGUACGCCUUCAAGGCCUCAGACUACCCGGUGAUCCUGUCCCUGGAGAACCACUGCAGCAUGGAGCAGCAGGAAGUCCUGGCACAGCAGCUCAAGGAUAUCCUGGGGGAACAGCUCCUCACCACCACCAUUGAUGGGCGCAUCCCCAGCCAUCUGCCAUCCCCAGAGGAACUGAAGCACAAGAUCCUGCUGAAGGGCAAGAAGAUUGGGCGGCUGGAGGACAUGCUGGAUGGGCCAGGGGAUGAGGUGCCCGAUAUGUCUGAUGAUGACAAUGGGGCAGAGGCAGAGGAGGAGAGGCGGAGGGCAAAGAAGGACAAGGAGACCCUGGCACAAGCGUUAUCCGACUGUGUCAUCUACUGCAAGAAUGUGUCCUUCCGGGGUUUCCAAGAGGCCCACAGCCAUUCUCGGCCCUCUGAGAUCUCUUCCCUCUCUGAGGCCAAGGCCAGGAAGCUCAUCCGGGAUGCAGGAAAUGAGUUUGUCCGCCACAAUGCCUGGCAGCUGACACGCAUCUACCCCAGCGGGAUGCGGACUGACUCCUCCAACUACAACCCCCAGGAGAUGUGGAACGUGGGCUGCCAGAUCGUGGCCCUGAACUUCCAGACAGCUGGUAUGGAGAUGGACCUGUGUGAUGGGCUCUUCAGCCAGAACGGACGCUGUGGCUACGUGCUCAAACCACCCUUCAUGAGGGAUGAGGAGACUCUGUUCAACCCCAGUGACCCCAGCAGCCGGGAGGGCCCUGGCCCCAUCACCCUGACAAUCCAGGUGAUCAGCGGGCAGCAGCUGCCCAAAGUGGCCAACAGCAAGGACAUCAUCGACCCACUUGUGCGUGUGGAGAUCCAUGGCGUCCCUGCGGACCAGGCGCACCAGGAGACAAAGUACAUUGAGAACAAUGGGUUUAACCCCCGCUGGGAUGAGACACUACAGUUCCAGCUCCAUGUGCCUGAGCUGGCUCUGGUCCGCUUCGUGGUGGAGGACUAUGACAAGACUUCCAGGAAUGAUUUCGUGGGCCAGUUCACCGUAGCCUUUGCCAACAUCAAACCUGGAUACCGCCACAUCCAUCUCCUCUCCAAGGAUGGCACCAGCAUCCCACCCUCUUCGCUCUUUGUCCAUAUCCGCAUCACCGAGCCACCUGGCCCUGAGCAGGACUGAGCUCAUGGGGUGAGCAGCACCUGGAUGGAAGCCAUACAGACGGCCCUGAGUGGCUGGGGCCGCAGAGCCAACCACCUCGCCCUCUUGUUGAGCUGUUUUGUGUCAACCCUGUGUUGUUGCUGCUGUAAUCCCCUUUGCAGUAGCCUCCGAGGACUGGGAAAAAGCACUGACCUGCCCUUUCCAGGUUCGGGAUGCUGUCCCCCAUGCCUGAGCACGAGGUCUAUGUUGUGCAGCUCCCUGCAUCCCCCUGGGCACCGUGCCCUGGCCUAAGGUCACAGCUUGGCCAUGGGGAGGAGGAGAGAUGGUGCAUGGCCUGGCUCUGCUGCAGGGGCUGGUCCCCUCCCAGGCAGGGGAGCAAGGCUGGAGCCAAGCAAACCCCACUGGGCAGAGCUGAGAGAGGUGUUGAUCCUCAUUGCCCCCUGACCCUGCAGAGCCCCAUUACAGCCUCUGACCCCUACAGCCCCAAAUUAACCCUUACCCAUCCCUUCUCAGUAAACAACCUAAUAAAUUGUUCAGUGACAGACA